AUGGCAUUGUCAAAAACUGGAUUUCUUUGGUUACAUAUCAUUCCAUUGAUUCCAUCACUUCUACUCACUCUCUUUAUUCUCUAUCAUCUUCUCAAAAGUCGACCACUUCGUUCAGCAUUGAACAAUCAUGUCAUUAUUCUCAUGCUUCUAUUUGGUCUUGUUGUCGAACUCACAGACGUCGUCUGGUUUAUUGCAUUUUAUCACAAUGGCAUCGCUCUCUCAGCAACACCUCAGUUUUGUCUCAUUUGGGCAUACAUUGACUCAUCACUAUUCGUGUGUGUCUCACUACAAAUGGCUUGGGCAUCAAUCGAACGACACAUUCUCAUUUUCUAUCCCAAACUACUCGAAACACCAUCAAAGCGAAUCUGCUUUCAUUAUUUACCUCUGACUUUUGUCAGUGUGUGGCCAUUGAUAUUCUAUUUGAUGAUGCUGAUUAUCAUUCCAUGCGAUGAACCAUUGAACUACAAUCGCCGACUGUGUGGUCGUUAUGAUUGUGUGAGUGUGAUUCCAUGGAUCGGAAUGUUUGACAGCAUUGCACAUUACAUGGUGCCAGCAUUCAUCAUCGUGGUUUUCAGCAUUGGUCUUUUCGUUCGUGUUGUGUAUCAUCGGUAUCAUCUUCAUCAUAGAAUUGAUUGGAGGAACUAUCGCAAAAUGGCAGUGCAGUUGCUAUCGAUAUCGUUGGUGUAUAUGGUGUUGGACGCUCCACCCAUGGUCCUGAAUGCUGCUUAUUUGUGGGGACUAUCAACAGAUGUGGCAGCGCAAUACUAUAGUGACAUGCUUGACCUUAGUUUGUGGGUGAUUUUGUUCACUCCAUUUGCAAGUGUAACGUCAGUACCAGAUCUGAAAACAAAAUCUGUAAAUGCGUUGAUGUUUUGGCGAGGAAGACAUGCUGUUGCACCUAUCACCGUGACGAACACUCAUCGAGCUGCGAAUCAAACAAGAACAUUAACAAGAGGUGUUCAUUGA